AUGAUGAUGUGUUAUUUCUCUGUGCACCCGCCUUCUUUUCCUGGUAUAUAUCUACUUUUCACCAGCUAGUUAUACUCCUAAGUGUUAUACAUCAUGGGGCUGUACACACUGCUGCUGCUGACUGGGCUGGCACUCCUCACUCCGGGAGUGAUAUCAAAUUAUCGCACCACAGGACUGGUUGGUGAAAACCUGAUUUUAACCUGCUUCUACCCUGUUACCAGACAUACAACUCUUGCAUGUUGGGGAAGGGGAGAUUGUACAAGUACUGGUUGUAACCACCCAGUAGCCACAAUCAAUGGAAGCAGAGUGAUGUGGACAAAGUCUAUGAGAUACAAGGUAACUGGGGAUACUGGCAAUGGAGAACUGCCGCUAACCAUCACUGAUGUGAACCUGGACGAUUCAGGGGUUUACUGCUGCCGUGUGCGGAUUCAAAAUCUCGGGAUAGAUCUGAAGAGAGAAAUUGAUGUGGCGAUACAACAUCCCAUGAUGCCAGACAAUCUCCUGCAGGGGUCAGUGGAUGAUACAUUGACUUUGACCUGCAAAUAUCCUGUGGAUGAAGGUCCAAGAGAGGUUUGCUGGGGGAGAGGGAGCUGUCCUAUCUCGGGCUGUAAAAACAAGCUCAUCUCUACUGAUGGCACCAAAGUAACCUGGAGCGAAUCGAAAAGAUACAACUUAUUGGGGAAUAUCACGCGGGGUGACGUAUCCCUAACCAUCAGUGGUUUGGCAAAGGAUCAGGAGGACACCUACUGCUGCCGUGUACGGAUCCCAGGACCAUUCAAUGACAUUAAAAAUGAGAUUAAACUGGAAAUAAAAGACGUUGUUCGUGUGACUGCGUCACUGAGGGAUACACUUGUAUUACCUUGUUCAUACUCCGCCGAUGCUGGCACAAACCCAGUAUGCUGGGGUCACGGUCAUUGUGGACUAUUCUCAUGUCACAAUAAGGUCCUUGAAAGUGAUGGCGAUGAAGUGACCUGGAAAGAGUCUGAUAAAUACCAAGUAACAGGGAACAUGGCAAACGGGAAUGUGUCCCUCACCAUCAAAAAUGCAAAUGAGCAUGAUGGAGGAGUCUACUGCUGCAGAGUCAAGGUCCCUGGAGCUUUCAACGAUAUAAAGAAGGAAAUCCGUGUACAGAUACGAGAAGCUGACCAGAUUUCUGGACGUGUAGGUGACAUGGUGAAAUUACCAUGUAAAUACGAUGUCAGUGAGGGCACAUCCCCUAUGUGCUGGGGAAAAGGCUCCUGCCCAACAUUUAAAUGUACCAACACUAUUGUCUGGACUGAUGGAGAUGAUGUCACCUGGACUGAGUCUGAAAAAUACAAGCUGAGAGGAAACAUCGAAACUGGAGAUGUUUCUUUGACCAUCAAGAGUGUGACAAAGGAGGACGAAGGAAUGUACUGCUGCCGUGUGGAGGUCCCGGGACUGUUCAAUGACAAGAUAAGCGAAAUCAGUUUGGAAGUGGAAUAUGAUUUGGCAGCACCAGCUGAAAUGGUGACAGGUUUAGUGAAUGGCAUGAUAAACAUGCCCUGCAGAUACACCAAUCAAGGUUCUGAAUAUACCAUGUGCUGGGGACGAGGUGGCUGUCCAAUCUAUCGUUGUACGGAUGAGAUUAUCAGGACAAAUGGCAAGGAAGUGACCUGGAGAAAAUUUAACAGAUACCAGUUACUGGGAAAUAUCAUUGAUGGAGACGUGUCCCUGACCAUCAUCAGGGUCACUAAACAAGAUGAAGGAACUUACUGCUGCCGGGUGGAGGUCAAAGGAUUUUUCAAUGACCAAAAGAAAGAGUUGGAAUUGAAGGUAGAAGAAGAAAACCCGGUAAAUGCAAAUCAUCAUCCCACACCUACAGAGCAAGACAGCUUCAGCAUGCUUGAAGAAUGUCCAGAUGAUACAACUUAAGACCUAAUCAUGAAGAAUUUAACACUGUACCGAGAUCAUAAACCAGCAUGACAUGGACAUAAUUGAUGGAGGACCAAGAAAAUCAAAAUACCAAUGUGUAAUAAAAUGCAAAUGACAAUG